UCCGUGUCUUCUCGGGUUGGCGACCGACGACACAGUUUUGUUCCAACUCCAAAAAACGUGGCCACAGGUUUUCAAAACUCAACGAAAUACGAAUUGUGUCAGGACACUUUUAAAAAUCAAGAGAAAGGAGGAGGAGGAGGAGUUUUAAAAGAAGUGUUCUCAGAGAGGUGACGUUCAGAGAAAGGAGCACCAGGACUUCUGGAAACUCUACUCCUCUCCUGGACCGUGCUGUCAGCAUGACGGAGAAACCGCCACUGGACAGCACCGAGGACAGAGCCUGGCUUGGCGAGGGUCAGUCUGAAAGUCAGCUCGCUGCUGUGAACGGGCCGGAUGGAGCCGACGACGACCGGCCAGCAUGGGACUCUAAGGUCCAGUAUGUGUUGGCCCAGGUGGGGUUCAGUGUGGGCUUAGGGAACGUGUGGAGGUUCCCCUACCUUUGCCAUCAAAAUGGAGGAGGGGCCUUCAUGCUGCUGUAUGUUUUUCUUUUGCUGAUUGUGGGAGUUCCUCUGUUUUUUAUGGAGUUGGCAGCGGGCCAGUGUAUUCGCCAGGGAAGUAUCGGCGUUUGGAAACACAUCUCUCCAAAACUGUCAGGGAUUGGCUACUCCAGCUGCAUGGUGUGUUUUUACGUGGCUCUGUACUACAAUGUCAUCAUUGCCUGGAGCUUGUUCUACAUGGGGAACUCUUUUCAGUACCCUCUGCCGUGGGAGCACUGUCCCAUUGAUGUGACCACCAACGAUACAGUGAGAGAAUGUGCAGGUUCCUCCCCGACGUCAUACUUCUGGUUUCGCAAAGCGCUAAAUAUCACAAACUCCAUCGAAGAAACCGGAGAGUUUAACCCCAUCAUGACGGGCUGUUUGCUGGCUGCGUGGGCCAUCGUGUCCUUGGCGAUGAUCAAGGGCAUCAAGUCUUCUGCAAAGGUGAUGUACUUUUCCUCAGUCUUUCCCUACUUGGUGCUCUUUAUUUUCCUCGUCAGAGGGAUGAUGUUGGACGGGGCGAUAGAUGGAAUCACCUACAUGUUUUAUCCUAAACUGGAGAUCUGGGGUAGCGUGCAGGUGUGGCGGCAGGCUGCUACUCAGGUGUUCUUUGCCCUCGGCCUGGGCUACGGCUCCGUGAUCGCCUAUUCCUCCUACAAUCCGGUCAACAACAACUGCCACCUGGACGCUCUGAUGGUGUCCGGCAUCAACUUCAUGACGUCCGUGCUGGCCUCGCUCGUGGUUUUCGUCGUGCUUGGUUUCCGUGCCAAGAACAUCGCGCUGCGCUGCGUGGCUGAAAAUCUGGGUCUCCUAAACAUCAUGACGACUCAAGAGUGGAACCAGGACUUGGUCAAACAGGGUUGGCCUUGGAUCGUCACGGCCGAUCCCAGCUCCGUCCCUCUGGCUGACUACAGACAGUGGUACAGUGAGCACGGCGCCAUGAUGGGCGCCAACAUCACCGACUGCAGUCUGGAGGAGGAGAUGAAAAAGGGUGUUGAAGGCACAGGCCUGGCGUUCAUCGCCUUCACCGAGGUGAUGGCUCUUUUCCCCGCCAGCCCCUUCUGGUCCACUCUGUUCUUCCUCAUGUUGCUCAACCUGGGGCUCAGCAGCAUGUUCGGGACCAUGCAGGGGAUCCUCACACCUCUCAUGGAUAAUUUUAGCCUGUUGGGCCGCCACCGGACUUUGCUCACUGUGUCCAGCUGUGCUUUGGGGUUCUUAUUGGGCCUGCUGUUCACGCAGCGCUCCGGAAACUAUUUUGUGGCGAUGUUUGACGACUACUCUGCGACUCUCCCGUUAAUCAUCGUGGUCAUCUUUGAGACCAUCAGUGUGGCCUGGGUUUAUGGAACGGAUCGGUUUCUCGAUGAUAUUGAAGUUAUGCUCAACUGGCGCCCUCCAGUGGUGUACAAAUAUCUUUGGAAGUACGUUUGUCUGCUGUCGUUGGUUGGUCUUCUGGCAGCCAGUUUGUUGCGAAUGGUCUUCAAGAGACCCACAUACACGGCCUGGAACCAGAGCACAGCGUCUGAGAUGACUCUGGAGUACCCGGGUUGGGCCCUGGCUAUGAUCAUCAUGCUCAUGGUCGUCGCUUGCCUGCCCGUGCCCAUCGGCUACCUCCUCUCAAUGUGGAAAAGCCGCAGGGGCGGCAACAGUCGCUCCGAGGAGGGAGAAAGCCCCGAGGUGCACCGGGAGUUGUACACCAAGUGCAGCUCCAACGAGCAGCUGGACUCCAACUCCCACCGCAGAGCCCCGUCUGAGGAGGACGAGGCCCGGCCCAGGGUCGUCUUCCUGCCGCUGGGUCACGAACUAUACCGGCUCCUGCCCCAGGACGGGGAGGAUGACGAUGAGGAACAAGACACAGGAGUGUGAGCGGUCGCUGUGUGUGAAGAGAGAAAAUGUUUAAAUGUUUGAGCCUCAGAGUAAACGAGCAGGACCCUGCAGGGUGAAGGGCGAUCAAAAAAAAGAGAGAUUCAUCCUCAAUCUGACGACGAGUCUUUGCAGCCUCUUAACAGGCUAGAAGUAUUUUAACUAUUUAUAUAUCCUGUACAUAGUUAGAUCAUCAGGUGCUUUUUAGAUUAUGAAGUUGUGACACUACCAACUCCUCCUUUUAACUCAUUUUCUGAGCGGCUCAAACUGUUCAGCUAACGGAAACACUCCCAGACUCAUGGAAAAGGAAAGAGAAGCUGCUAUAUUUUGUAAACUUAAGAGUUCAUGUAAAGAUGUUAGUGUGGAGGUUAACUCGCUCCGGGCAUGUAAAGAUAUGCUUUGCUUGUCUAAGUGCUCGCCUUAUUUCAUGUGGAAUCACAACCGUGGCUGGAGAAAUGAGUAAGGCAGCAACAGACAGAAAAAACUGCUUUAUGACGAGUAUCAUCAGAUAAACUGUGAUGGGUUUUGCAUGUGUGCGUGUGUGUGUGUGUGUGUGUGUGUGUGUGUGUGUGUGUGUGUGUGUGUGUGUGUGUGUGUGUGUGUGUUUGUUUGAGCAUUUCUAUUCCUUUGUUUGAUGUGAAAUGUCUUUAAAAUAUCUCUUAUUUGUAUUCUAUUACC